UCCACCGCCUUCCCUCGUAAACUGCGAGAGAGCUCAACAUAAUAAAUUGGAAAAGAAAAACCAGUGAACCAAAAACACAAACCAUCAUUAUGCAUCGCCAGAAAUCAAUUCUCUCCUUCCUUAAAAGACCUCCUCAAAACGACGCCGUCGACUCCUCCGAUGAAGUUCGAGGCACCGAUACGCCGCCGGAGAAGGCGCCUCGUCAGAUUCUCUCGACAAAUCGCUCCGAUAUAUCUAAAGGUCCCUCUAUCUUUGAAAAUAUCAUGCAUAAGUUCGUCAGAGUUGAAUCUAAGCCAAUUUCCUCUACUAGGAACAUCGAAAAGGAUUGUUCCGAGGCUGUUUACUCUGCGCCUAAGGAAUCAAAGUGUCCAGAAAGGCUGUCGACUCGAAUUGCAGCUUCUGGCUGUAUUAGGAAGGAUAAUUUUCUAAAUGCCGAAACUGAAACAGUUGAUCGAGAGGCUAAAGGCCCUCAGUUGUCUGUAGAAAGUGACACUGAUAAUCUCGGGCCAGAAACACCAGGUAUGAGGCCACUUGUUCCACGCUUGAAGAGAAUACAGGAGGAUACUGCGAGUAACUCUACAGUUAAAAGUGACUGUUCCCUGCGGAGUAGUACUAAAAGGGUGAAGCUCCUUGAUGAAACUGUGACUAAUGAUAAGAACCGUGAAGAGCUGCGUGAAGUGACUAGUAAAUUUGAAUGGCUUAAUCCAUCUAAGAUAAAGGACGCUAAUGGAAGAAGGCCUAACAAUCCCCUUUACGACAAGAGGACACUUUAUGUUCCCCCGGAUGUUUUGAGAAAUAUGUCAGCAUCUCAAAAGCAGUAUUGGAGUUUAAAAAGUCAAUAUAUGGAUGUCUUGAUGUUCUUCAAAGUGGGAAAGUUCUACGAAUUAUAUGAAUUAGAUGCUGAAAUUGGUCACAAAGAACUCGAUUGGAAAAUUACGAUGAGUGGUGUGGGCAAAUGCCGGCAGGUUGGUAUCUCGGAGAGUGGGAUUGAUGAUGCUGUGCAAAAAUUAAUUGCUCGCGGGUAUAAGGUUGGCAUGAUAGAGCAGGUAGAAACAUCUGAACAAGCAAAAGCAAGAGGUGCCACUUCUAUCAUACAAAGGAAACUAGUUCAAGUUGUGACUCCAUCUACCAAUGUAGAUGGUAAUAUUGGCCCUGAUGCUGUACAUCUUCUUUCGAUAACAGAGGAUAACUGUGGGAUAGAUAAUGGUUCGACUUCAUAUGGGUUUGCUUUUGUUGAUUCUGCUGCUUUAAAGUUCUGGGUUGGUUCUUUUAAUGAUGACAGUUCAUGUGCUGCUCUGGGCACUCUGCUCAUGCAAGUAUCACCUAAAGAAAUUCUAUAUGAAAGUCAUGGGCUGUCAAGAGAAGCGCAAAAAGCGCUAAAGAAGUACUCAUUGACCGGAUCUGGUAUCUGUCACUUAACUCCUGUACAGUCAUCUACCACUCUUGCUGAUCAGUUUGAAGUAAGGAAUCUCAUUCAGUCAAAAGGAUACUUCAAAGGAUUUUGUAAUAAUCUGGAUUAUGCCUUUGAUGGCGUUAUGCAUUGUGAUCUUUCCUUUCGUGCACUUGGUGGACUUAUUUCUCAUCUAUCGAGGUUGAUGUUAGACGAUGCUCUACGGAAUGGAGAUAUUUUACCCUAUCAGCUCUACAGGGGUUGCCUUAGAAUGGAUGGACAAACGCUUGUUAAUCUUGAGAUUUUUAGCAAUACUGCUGAUGGUAGUUCAUCAGGAACAUUGUACAAUUAUCUAGAUAAAUGUAUAACGCCAUCAGGUAAGAGACUGUUAAGGCACUGGAUCUGUCAUCCUUUAAAAGAUAUUCAGGAAAUCAGCCGCAGGCUUAAUGUUGUUGAGGAAAUGAUGGCACAGUCAGAUGCUUCUACGCUUGUGCAGUAUCUUCGCAAGCUUCCUGACUUGGAGCGGCUGCUUGGACGCAUUAAGUCUACCGUGAAAUCUUCUGCCUUGAUCAUGUUGCCCUUGAUUCGGAGCAAAAUAUUGAAACAGAGAGUGAAAGAGUUUGGAUCUCUUGCAAAGGGGUUACGAGUUGGAAUAGAGUUAUUGAAGCUAUUGCAUACGGGACAGCAUGCAAUAUCAUCCUUAAACAAAUUUGUAAAGCUUCCACAACUGGGUGGUGAUAAUGGGCUUGAUAGAUUUCUUAGUCAGAUUGAAGCAGCUAUAGAUAGUGACUUUCCCGAUUACCAGGAUCAUAAUCCAAAUGACUCAAAUCCUGAAAUGCUCUCCAUUUUGAUGGAGUUAUUUAGUGAGAAGUGUACUGAAUGGUCUGAAGUUAUCCAUGCUAUAAGCUGUAUUGAUGUACUCCGAUCAUUUGCUGUUAUAUCAAAAUUUUCACCCGGGGUUAUGUGUAGACCUAUUAUAUUGCCUCUUUCAAAACCAAUUAGUGUAUCCAGAGAGUCUAGGGGACCAACUCUUGAAUUAAAAGGGUUAUGGCAUCCAUUUGCCCUUGGUACACAUGGAGGAUUGCCAGUUCCUAACAACAUACAUCUCGGAGAAGAUACACAUGGCUAUCAUCCAUGUACCUUACUGUUAACCGGACCUAAUAUGGGUGGAAAAUCAACACUGUUACGUGCUACUUGUCUUGCCGUUAUUCUGGCCCAGCUAGGCUGUUAUGUACCUUGUGAGAGUUGUGUUCUUUCACUCGUGGAUAUCAUUUUUACGCGGCUAGGUGCUUCUGACAGAAUCAUGACAGGCGAGAGUACUUUCCUCAUUGAAUGCACAGAAACAGCAUCUGUUUUGCAGAAUGCUACUCAAAAUUCUUUGGUUCUCCUGGAUGAGUUGGGUAGAGGAACAAGCACUUUCGAUGGAUAUGCUAUAGCAUAUGCAGUAUUCCGCCAUCUUAUUGAGAAGGUGAAUUGUCGAUUACUGUUUGCAACCCACUAUCAUCCACUUACCAAGGAAUUUGCUUCCCAUCCGCGUGUUAUAUUGCAACACAUGGCCUUUACAUUCAAGUCGAAGUCCGAAAUUUCAGCUAAGGGUGAGAAGGAGCUGGUGUUUCUCUAUAGACUAACCAAUGGAGCAUGUCCAGAAAGCUACGGAAUGCAAGUGGCUCUAAAUGCUGGGGUCCCCCAACUGGUGGUUGAAGCUGCGUCAAAGGCUGGACAAGUUAUGAAGAGAAUGGUUGGAGAAAGCUUCAAGUCAAGCGAAUGUAGGUCAGAGUUUUCUACAUUGCAUGAAGAAUGGUUAAAGACCCUUUUAGCAGUCUCAGCAACCAAAGUGAGCACUUUAGAGGAUAACGAUGCCUUUGACACUUUGUUCUGCCUUUGGCAUGAGAUGAAAUGUUCCGGCAUGUCCUGCCUCUGUCAAUUCAAUUUCACCAGACUCGCGCUGUAAUUGUAAGCUCUGAGUAUCCCCCUUGGUAAGUUAUUACUAUACUUGAUCACUUUGUUUGCAGGGUCACAUAAUGCUAUUGCAUAGUAUGUACCUCCAACAAAUUCACCUGUAUUAAGACAACCGUAGAAUCCUGUAAUGC